AGGGGUUGUAACAGAGAGGGGAUCAGAGGCUGACUAGUGCAUGCAUGCUCUGGUGCGUCCUCUCUCUGUGACUGCCUGUGCUGAGGUACUUGGUGGACAGUUUCACAGAGCGGUUUGCUUGACAUUCAUGUGAAGACAGAGGCUCAUAUCUCGGGCUUCGGGAAUGACGGGCACUCUGGAAUUUCUCCUUUAAGGUGUCGCCCCCAGCACGGUCCUUGCUACCCACCUCUGCUGGCGGAACCAGAACCCGAGCCACUCAAAGUUAGAAGUCUGCAGAGGACUUUCAGCUGGAUCAGCGGGUUCCUCACUGGCCUUGUAAGAGGAGGACCAAGAUGACCAUCUGCUUCAGCUAUUGAUAAAACCUUGAUCCAAACCCACAAAAAUCAGCUUCUCCUCUGCACACAAUGUGAAUGAUAGCAAACGCAUGACGUCAAUAGGAUAAGUCUCUCCCUUAAUGGGCAGUUACGCCAUGGACAUUAACAGAACUCUCUGGACUCGCCUAAUCUGGGUUUAGCACCGUUUUGCAUCGCAUCACGGCCUCUGGGGGCAAUUCGCCAGCCCUUCGUCACCAUGUGGGUCCCCUUCAGCACCUUCUGUCUCUGCCCCCUGCUGGUGUGCCUCAGCUUUGUCCCAAGGAGUUAUGGGAAUCCCCAGCAUGGUCCCAUCAAGGGACCGAAGAACCACACCCGAGCCAUCGAGGUGGAGAAGGACAUUCACCAUCGGCCCAAACGUGGCUGGAUCUGGAACCAGUUCUUCGUUUUAGAAGAACACAUAGGGUCGGAGUCUCAGUACGUGGGGAAGCUACACUCCAACUCGGACAAAGGCGACGGCUCUGUGAGAUACCUCCUUUCUGGUGAGGGAGCAGGAACCAUCUUCCUCAUCAACGAGGUCACAGGAGACAUCCACGCCACCAAGAGCCUGGACCGUGAGAAGAAAGCGCACUACGUCUUACACGCACAAGCCAUCGACCGGCACACCAACAGAUCCCUGGAACCGGAGUCGGAAUUCAUCAUCAAAGUCCAGGAUGUCAACGACAACGCCCCCAAGUUCCCGGACGGGCCGUUUGUCGCAUCUGUGGCCGAGAUGUCCGACGUGGGCACCUCAGUAUUCCAGGUCAGUGCAACAGACGCCGACGACCCAACCUACGGCAACAGCGCCAGGAUUGUGUACAGCAUCCUACAAGGACAGCCCUACUUCUCCGUGGAUCCCAAAACCGGGGUCAUCAGAACCGCCCUGCCGAACAUGGACCGCGAGGCGAGGGAGCAGUACUUCAUCAUCAUCCAGGCUAAAGACAUGGCGGGUCAGGUGGGAGGUCUAUCGGGGUCCACGACCGUCAACAUCACGCUAACGGACGUCAACGACAACCCGCCCAGCUUCCCCCAGAAGAACUAUCAGCUGUAUGUGCCGGAGUCGGCCCAGGUUGGGAAGGCAGUGGGCCGAAUCAAAGCCGACGACGAUGACCUCGGCGUCAACGCAGAGAUCAAGUACAGCAUCACCAACGCAGAGGGAGCGACCGCAUUCUCCAUCUCCACCGACAAAGACAGUCGCGAAGGGAUUAUUUCCCUGAAAAAGCCCCUGAACUACGAGAAGAAGAGGGCCUACACACUGCACAUCGAGGGUGCCAACACACACCUGGACCCACGCUUCUCGCACCUGGGGCCGUUCGCGGACACCACCACCCUGAAGAUCAUCGUCGGCGACGUGGACGAGCCCCCUGUAUUCUCCAUGGACUAUUACAUCCUGGACGUGUACGAGAAUGCCCCCAUUGGGACGGAGGUGGGCACAGUGACGGCACGGGACCCAGACAGCACCAACAGCCCCAUCAGGUAUUUUAUUGACAGCGGCUUGAACAAGGACACCUGCUUCAGCAUCGACGCUGUGACUGGAGUAAUCAUGACCACACAGACCCUCGACAGAGAGGAAACGGCCUGGCAUAAUAUCACGGUUACAGCCGUGGAGGCCGACAAUCCCAGCCUCAUCAGUCACAUCCCUGUCACGGUGCAGGUUCUGGACGUCAAUGACAACCCUCCCCGGGUCGCCGUAGACGAUGAUGUCAUCGUCUGUGAGAGUUCCCGGCCCGGCCAGGUGAUCAUGACCGUGCGGGCAUCCGACGACGACAACUUUGCCAACGGGAGGUUCUCCUUCUCACUGCCAAGCGAUCUCCCGACCAACCCCAACUUCACGCUUAAAGACAACGAAGACAACAGCGCCAACAUCGUGGCCAGACGCCGCGACUACAGCAAGGCCGCCCAAGAGUCCUACUUGUUACCCAUUGUGAUCUGGGAUGGCGGCGAACCGGAGCUGAGUAGCACCAGCACGCUGACACUGCGGGUAUGCGCGUGUGACCGCGGCGGUACUGGAAAGGGGCGCGUCUGCCAAGCCCCCGCCUUCCUGUCUGCCGCGGGGCUCAGCACAGGGGCCGUCAUCGCCAUCCUGCUCUGCGUCGCCAUCUUGCUGGCGAUCGUGAUCCUCUUCAUCACGCUCCGAAGUAAGAAGGGCAAGAAGGAGCCGCUCAUCAUCUCCGAGGAGGAUGUGCGUGAGAAUGUGGUGACAUACGACGAUGAGGGCGGUGGCGAGGAAGACACGGAGGCGUUCGACAUCGCUGCGCUGCGCAACCCUGCUGGUGCCGAAGACCUGCGCCUCCGCCGGGACGUCGUGCCGGAGGAGCAGCGGGAGAACCACAAGCGGGGGAGCCCCUCGCCCCUCUUGGACGAGGAGGACGUCCACACCUACCUGGAGCAGCGCCUGGCUGAGGCGGACGUGGACACCAGCGUGCCGCCCUACGACUCUCUGCAGACAUACGCGUAUGAGGGCCGCGGCUCGCCCACGGGCACGGUCAGCUCGCUGGACCUGGCCGGCACCUCCUCAGAGCAGGACUACAGCUACCUGGACGACCUGGGACCAGAGUUUCACAAGCUGGCUGAGCUGUUAGGCGAAUCGGAGCCGGACGAGACGACCUAGCCGGUCAGCCUGUACAGAUCACAGCGUCCCAUCCGCUUUACUCAAAAAUAAAGGUGAAAGCUUUGCUGCCGUUCCGCGGUUUCUAUCGCGGUAAAGCUGACUGCCCUUUUUCACUGGGUUCUACAAGUGGAAAAAAAAAUAAUUUUGGAAGAAACAAAACCUUCUAUACAGAUAACGGGAAAGUUUCUUUUUCCUUUGUGUAUAUUUUUUAUUGCUGAAUAAAGUCCAUAAUUCCAGAUAAGUGUACAUAUGUGAUGUGAAUUUUAAUGCCCCCCCCCUCCCAUUUUUAGUUACUGUUAAACGACAGGUUAAUAAGAUUAUAUAACCCAGGAGCAAAAACACCAUGUGGAGGUUUUAAUGUUGAAAGUGAAAAACCAACCUGCUGCUUUAUGUUUUAUGGGGUAAUUACCUCCGUUUAAUGUAGCACAGACAACAGCAACAAGUCCGAGUUUGUGUUUGUGUUCUGCUUUGAUGCCUCGGGCAACUCUCAACUUUCUUUUCUUUUUUUUUUGUUUUAUAUACUAUAGUAAGUUAUUCACUAACCCAGUUUAAGGCCACUUUUCCCCCCCUAAUCAUUUGUAUUACUAUAACUGAGAGCUCAUAGCUUUUAAUUGGAUAACUGUAUUCCGGGGGCGAUAAUUGGCUUCUUUUGCGUGGGUGGCUUUUAUUCUUUUUUACAUCCCCGUAAAUCAGCUGUGAAACGUCUCAGUUGCAGUUCACGACGUCAGCUUCAGUGAAACCCAGCGACUGUAAAUAAAGUACCAAAGAAUUCAUUUUACCUUAUCUGUAACGACCUGAAUC